AUGCGACCAUUGACUGAGGAGGAAACUAAGGCAUUUUUUGAAAAGCUCUCGAAAUUUAUCGGAGAUAAUGUGAAAGCAUUGCUUGACCGAGCAGACGGCAGAUACUGCUUCAGGCUGCACAAAGAAAGAAUUUAUUACAUGUCAGAAGCAUUGAUGAAACGAUCGGCGAGCUUCGGUCGUGAUCAUCUCUUGACAGUCGGCACGUGCUUCGGGAAGUUCACCAAGAAGAAGCACGAUUUCAGAAUGGGCAUUACAGCAUUGGAAUACCUAGCGCCGUAUUGUCAGUACAAGAUUUGGCUAAAACCGUCGGCAGAGCAGCAGUUUCUUUACGGUCACAACGUUAUGAAAUCAGGACUUGCGAGAAUUACGGAAAACACGCCGCAGUAUCGUGGAGUUGUCAUUUAUAACAUGGCAGACAUUCCUUUGGGGUUUGGAAUUUCGGCCAAGUCAACUGCGGAAUGUAGAAAUGCAGAUCCCAUGACGAUAAUUUGCUUUCAUCAAUCUGACGUUGGGGAGUAUCUGAGAAAUGAAGCAGAGCUGAUAUAGGCUCACUAAUGAGAAUGUGCUGUGAUCUCGCGGUGAAUGAUUCGAGUAAAUCGACUCAAACCGGGA